GGGGGCAAACGUUUUUUCCAUUGAACCACUGAAUUACCCCUUCAAAAUACAUCCCUUUAAUCAUUAAAGCAUUAACAUUAUCUUGUGGACUAUGUUAUUAUAUCCCACUUGUCUGGGACAAAGGACUAUCAAGUAAUUACAUUCUAUUUGUAUUAUUAAUUUAAUCAAAUCUUUUGGUAGACUGGUCAUUACAUUUUCUAUAUUUGAUCUUUAAUUGUCAAAUUGAAAGACUGACUCAAAGUACCCUAUAAAAAGACAAAAGUUCAGAGUGUGCACUGGCUAAUCUGCGUUAGAUAACAUGAAAACAUCAUAAAACUGUCAACACUGCAAAGUGCAUGCGGACACUCACACAGAUCACACCAACCCCUGUUGACUGCAGAGUAGCAGACACUGACCCCUCUGCUUCUGUACACGUGUUUGCCAUGAGACUGGUACUUCCUAACCCAGGACUGGAUCUCCGGAUUCUGAACCAUGAGGACCUGGACAGGAUAGAGAAGGAGGAGGCUGGUGACAGGCCCAAGUGGGACAACAAAGCCCAGUACAUCCUAACCUGUGUGGGAUUCUGCAUCGGGCUUGGCAAUGUCUGGCGAUUCCCUUACCUGUGUCAAAGUCAUGGAGGAGGUGCUUUUUUGAUUCCCUUCCUCAUUCUGCUGGUGCUGGAGGGAAUGCCGCUCCUGCUACUUGAGUUUGCCAUUGGCCAGCGUCUGAGGAAAGGCAGUGUGGGUGUUUGGAGGGCCAUCAGCCCCUAUCUUACUGGUAUUGGUAUAGCCUCCAUGCUGGUGUCCUUUUUGGUUGGACUGUACUACAACACCUUAAUAGCCUGGAUCAUAUGGUAUCUCUUCAAUUCCUUUCAAAGCCCACUGCCUUGGACCCAGUGUCCUCUCAAUGACAAUGGGACAGGAUUUGUACCUGAGUGUCAACAGAGCUCCACUGUGGAUUAUUACUUUUACCGAGUGACUCUGAACAGUUCAGCCUCUAUAGUGCACUCUGGAGGAAUCCACUGGCCCAUAGUGGUCUGCCUGUUAGUUGCCUGGUCCAUUGUCGCCAUCUGCUGCAUAAGGGGCAUUAGCACCUCAGGCAAGGCAGUGUAUGUCACUGCCAUCCUGCCGUACAUAGUGCUGGCCAUCUUUCUGAUCCGAGGACUGACUCUCAAAGGAGCCCUGAGUGGAAUAAAGUUCCUUUUCACACCAGACGUGGAGGAGUUGAUUAAACCAACAACUUGGUUGGAUGCCGGUGCCCAGGUCUUUUACUCAUUUGGUUUGGCAUGGGGAGGCCUCAUCUCCUUCUCAAGCUACAACCCUGUUCACAACAACUGCCUGCAAGAUGCUGUGAUCCUGUCUGCAGUAACUGGCUUCACCUCGGUAUAUGCCGCCAUGGUCACCUACUCCAUCAUCGGCUUCAGGGCCACUGAGAACUAUGACAACUGUAUCAAUGGAAACAUCAUGAUAUUAUUGAAUGCAUUCGAUCUUCCUGAAGACAACAUCACUACGAGCAACUAUGAGGCAGCAUUCAAUCACCUCAACAGCUCCCAUCCUGACAUUGUUCUUGGACUGGAUAUCAAGACGUGUGACAUGCAGAGGCUUCUCAGCGAGGGAGUGGAGGGAACAGGUCUGGCCUUUAUUGUGUUCACAGAGGCCAUCACCAAGAUGCCUGGUUCUCCAAUCUGGUCUGUUCUCCUCUUCAUCAUGCUUCUCUGCUUGGGGCUCUCGACCCUGUUUGGAAACAUAGAAGGCGUGGUGGUCCCAUUGAGAGACCUUAAUGUAUUCCCUAAAAAAUGGCCCCAUGAAGCACUGACUGGAACAACAUGUGUCGUCGCCUUCCUCAUCUCCCUCCUGUUUGCGCAGCAUUCUGGGCUUUAUUGGGUAAAUCUCUUCGACAGCUUUGCUGGAUCUGUUCCACUUCUGACCAUCGGACUGUUUGAGAUGAUAGCUGUCGUUUACAUCUACGGCAUAGACAGGUUUAAUGAGGAUUUUGAGUUCAUGAUCGGACAUAAGCCGUCGAUCUUCUGGCAGGUGUCAUGGAGGUUCAUCAGCCCUCUAAUCGUCCUGGUUAUCUUAGUUUUCUACCUGGUGACCCAAGCGCAAGAAGAGCUUGGCUAUUUAGUCUGGGACCCGAACUCUGAGGCAUUUCCAUCUCUUGUAUCAGUACCAUAUCCUUCAUGGAUCAGUGCAGUCAUAUUUCUUUUGGCAGGAGUUCCCAGCGUUGCUAUGCCUGUGUAUGCAAUAUGUAGGCUGGUCUUUGUUUGCUGUAAGAAAAGUAGUGUAUCCAGAGAAAAAAAUGGCCUAUAAAAUGACUUAAGCAGUCAAGCAUUCCAGAAUACAUCAAAAUGAAAGAUUAUUUAAUUUUUCUCGUUGAAAUAAAUGAUUAUGCCCAAGUUUUGUCUAUUUACUUCCAUGCACAUGUUCUUAAAGAUUUAAUGCCGUUUUACUAACACACUUUAGUAAAGUUUUCAUAUAUCUGCUCAUUUUUUGCGCAGUUUUAUGGCUGCUAUAUAAAUGUACUUACUCAUAGCACAGAUAUGGUUUGUUGUUGUAUUGGUCUUUUCUGACCUUAAAGACAAAUUUAGUUUUCCAUCCAUCCAUCCAUCCAUGCAUCAUGCAUUUUACCAGCUUAUACUGUUUAUGGGAAGGCAUAUUAAUCUGUCAAUGUGUAUAGAUUAUUUGCAGGUUUUGCUGGUCAAAUCAUUUUUGUCUCAGCGUAGUAUCAUACAAUAUAACGUUACACAAGACACAACUAAUGAAAAAUAUAAGAAAUAUCAUCCACUAUUUAAACAUGUCUGCAUAUGAAAGGAUAAGAAAUACAGCAAAUAAAAAGUUUUUGUCUGAAAAUGGAAA